GGGAAACGCCUUCCUCCCCCUUGUACUCGCCAAUGAAAACCAGCCCGAGGAGGAGACUCCUGCGUGAAAACUGCGGCUGUGUUCCCCCCACGAAGACCAACACAUCUCUCCGCUUCACUUCUCUUCGCUCCCAGUCGGGUUGGUUCGGGUCAAGGCUCAGAAGCGCUUCCCUCCAGCAGCAGCAGCAGCAGCAGUAGCUCCGGAUCAGCAUGGCGACUCCUCUCACCGACCAGGAGAAGCGGAAGCAGAUCAGCAUCAGGGGCAUCGUGGGAGUGGAGAACGUGGCCGAGCUGAAGAAGGGCUUCAACCGCCACCUGCACUUCACCCUGGUCAAAGACAGGAACAUCGCGACGCCCCGGGAUUACUACUUCGCCCUGGCCCACACCGUGAGAGACCACCUGGUGGGCAGGUGGAUCAGGACGCAGCAGUUUUACUACGAGGCAGACCCGAAGAGGGUGUAUUAUCUGUCCCUGGAGUUCUACAUGGGCAGGACGCUGCAGAACACCAUGAUCAACUUGGGCUUGCAGAAUGCGUGCGACGAGGCCAUCUACCAGCUCGGCCUGGACAUGGAGGAGCUGGAGGAGGUGGAGGAGGACGCGGGUCUGGGCAACGGAGGCCUGGGCAGACUGGCGGCAUGUUUCUUGGAUUCCAUGGCGACCCUGGGACUCGCAGCGUACGGUUAUGGCAUCAGAUACGAAUAUGGCAUCUUUAAUCAGAAGAUAAGAGAUGGCUGGCAGGUGGAGGAGGCAGACGAUUGGCUAAGGCACGGAAACCCCUGGGAGAAGGCUCGCCCCGAGUACAUGCUGCCUGUCCACUUCUACGGACGAGUGGAGGAGACGAGAGACGGGCCCAAGUGGGUUGACACUCAGGUUGUUUUAGCAAUGCCUUACGACACACCCGUUCCUGGCUACAUGAACAACACUGUGAAUACAAUGAGGCUGUGGUCGGCCCGUGCGCCCAACGACUUCAACUUGAAAGACUUUAAUGUAGGCGAUUACAUACAGGCUGUCCUGGACAGAAAUCUGGCGGAGAACAUCUCCCGAGUCCUCUAUCCAAACGAUAAUUUCUUUGAAGGAAAGGAGCUCCGCCUGAAGCAGGAGUACUUUGUCGUGGCAGCCACACUCCAAGACAUCAUCCGCCGCUUCAAGACCACCAAGAAGGGCAGACCGAGCCGCACCACCUUCGAUGCCUUCCCGGACAAAGUCGCCAUCCAGCUGAACGACACCCAUCCUGCCAUGGCCAUCCCCGAACUGAUGAGGAUCUUUGUGGACAUUGAGAAGCUCGACUGGGAAACGGCCUGGGACCUCACCAGGCGCACGUUUGCCUACACCAACCACACCGUCCUCCCUGAGGCCCUGGAGCGCUGGCCUGUGGAGCUGCUGGAGAAACUGCUGCCCAGACACCUGCAGAUCAUCUACCAGAUCAACCAGGCUCACCUAGACAAAAUUGCUGCUCUCUUCCCGAACGACCUCGACAAACUGCGGAAGAUGUCUCUGAUCGAAGAGGACGGCUGCAAGAGGGUGAACAUGGCCCAUCUGUGUAUCGUAGGCUCUCACGCCGUCAACGGAGUGGCUCAGAUACACUCCGACAUCAUCAGAACCGAAGUGUUUAAAGACUUCAGUGACCUUGAGCCGGGCAAGUUUCAGAAUAAAACCAACGGCAUCACUCCCAGACGCUGGCUGCUCCUCUGCAACCCUGGGCUGGCUGAGCUCAUUGCUGAGGCCAUUGGGGAGGACUACGUGAAGGACCUGAGCCAGCUGAAGAAGCUGAAUGACUUCGUUAACGACUUGGCCUUCGUCCGCGACGUCGCCAAAAUCAAACAGGACAACAAAGUGAAGUUCGCCCAGUUCCUGGAGACGGAGUACCGGGUGAAGAUCAACCCUUCCUCCAUGUUCGACGUCCACAUCAAGAGGAUCCACGAGUACAAGCGGCAGCUGCUCAACUGCCUGCACAUCAUCGCCUUGUACAACCGCAUCAGGAAGAACCCCAACGCGCCUUUCGUGCCGCGAACGGUGAUCGUCGGCGGGAAGGCCGCGCCAGGAUACCACAUGGCGAAAAUGAUCAUCAAGCUCAUCACCUCGGUGGCUGACGUGGUGAAUAACGAUCCCGUGGUUGGGAGCAAGCUGAAAGUCAUCUUCCUGGAGAACUACAGAGUUUCUCUUGCGGAGAAAGUGAUUCCUGCCACAGAUCUGUCGGAGCAAAUCUCCACCGCCGGCACCGAGGCUUCGGGGACGGGCAACAUGAAGUUCAUGCUGAACGGCGCGCUGACCAUCGGCACCAUGGACGGAGCCAACGUGGAGAUGGCCGAGGAGGCGGGCGAGGAAAACCUCUUCAUCUUCGGCAUGCGGGUGGAGGAUGUGGCCGAGAUGGACAAAAAGGGGUAUGAUGCCAUGACGUACUACGAGAAGAUCCCCGAGCUGAAGCAAGUGAUGGAUCAGAUCGCAAGUGGAUUUUUCAGCCCCAAGAACCCGGAGCUUUUCAAGGACCUCACCGACAUGCUCUUCAAAUACGACCGAUUCAAAGUGUUUGCAGACUUUGAAGACUACUUGAAAACCCAAGAAAAAGUCAGCAAACUCUAUCAGGAUACAGUGGAGUGGACGAAGAUGGCGAUCAAGAACAUCGCGGCGACGGGGAAGUUCUCGAGCGACAGAACAAUCGCAGAGUACGCCACCGAGGUGUGGGGGGUGGAGCCGACCGACCUGAAGAUCCCGCCGCCCAGCGAGCCGCGGGAGGCCAUCGAGGAAACCGCCAAGGCUCUGAGGAAAAUGUGAAAAUGUUCCUCGCCUCCUGGCCUGCCUUUUGCGUUUACAGAACAGAGCCUUUAUGCAACACAUUACGUUUUUCUUCUUCUUCUUCUGUGGUGCUAGAUGAACACACAUGCCCCCCACCCCCAAGUCAAAGCACUGUUACAUUUCUUUAGCGCCAACACUUUCAGUCUCCGAGGGGCGGAAAAGCCCUGAGAACUCGCCUCAACUCUGACAUUCCUGCGGAUCGGGAACGGUCGCAGGA